AUGACUUCCCAGUUUCCUGUCUACCCAGACCUACAAGGCAAAGUAGCCUUGAUUACAGGAAUCGGUCAGGUCGGCAUCGAGAACUCGCCGACUUGGGGCAAUGGAGCCGCAACGGCACGUCUGCUGAGCCACAACGGAGUCAAGGUGUUUGGAUGCGAUCUGAACCUCAAAGCAGCCGAGUACACAAAGCAAAGGCUGCUGCAAGACAAUCCGAAUGCCAUCUGCGAUGUGAUGAGCGCCGAUAUGACGAGCAUCUCUGACAUUGAGCAGCUCGUCAAGGCCGUGAUGGACAAACAUGGCCGUAUUGACAUCUUAUACAACAACGUUGGCAUGACGGCGCCCGGUGACCCGGCUAGCAUUUCCGAAGAGUUGUGGCAGAAGCAGAUCGAUCUCAAUCUGAACAGCGUCUUCCGUUGUUGCCGACUGGUCUUGCCCAUCAUGGAGAAACAAGGCGCCGGAUCGAUCAUCAACAAUGCAUCCAUCACCGCAAUGCGAUAUAUCGGCAAGCCGCAAAUCGCGUAUGCCACCGCCAAAGCGGCGGUGAUACAAUACACCAAAGCAAGUGGAUGUAUGUAUGCUUCAAGGGGCGUGCGAAUGAACUGCGUGGUGCCCGGCUUGAUGUAUACGCCUCUUGUUGAAACCUUGGCGAUGAGUGAGAGGGAAGAAGAUCAGGAAGUGGCCAGGAAGAUAACGCAGCAUAAUGUGCCGAUGAGAAGAAUGGGAGAUGGUUUUGAUGUUGCCAAUGCUGUGGUCUUUCUGAGCAGUGAGGCUUCGAAAUAUAUCACGAGUCAUCCACUAGUGGUUGACGGUGGAAUCACUGAGUCGACAGGAACCGGUUUCAUGUGA